AUGGAUCCUAAACAAAUAUUCAAAAACGUGUCUGAAGGGAAUGAUUUUAUUAGUUUCAACGGAGUUAUUUCAGUUAUAAAAGACGAAGACAAAUAUUGUGAUGAAGUUCCUGGAUUAGUUGGGUUGUCUUCUUCGUCAGAUAGAUUUAAUCAACAAACAUUUGUAGAGACACUUAACUUAAUUAGGAGAUUUAAUAAAGAAGUAAGUUCAGUAACAAGCGAUCAACAACGCACAGAAAUUAGAAAUGUUUUUAUGUUCAAAGCAAUUAGUGGAGGAAGUGAUGGACCUAUUGAUGGAAGUAUAGUUGUUGAGAGAUGUAAAGGAGCAGCAGAAAAUGCUAAAAGUCUCAAAGAAAUACUACAAAAAAUAGGACAAAAAGCAGAGAAAGAAGAAAGGAUUGAUUUAGUUAAAUUUAAAGAACUUGCAAAUGAAGAAGAAGAUACAUUAAUAAAGUGUUGUACACCUACAGGAGAUCAAGAAGAAAUAAAAGGAAUAGAGAAAAGUAUUCAACACUUUGAUUCAAUCAAAGAAGAAGGUAGAAAUAAAUUAGGAUAUAAAGAGUGUGUUGAAUGUCUUGAAGCAGGAGGAAUUAAUGAAGCAGAUAGUAUUUAUUUCAUUGAAAUUGCGGAUAUUGAGAAUCAAGGAGAACUUGAACGAGAAGAUUUUAUUCGAAGUGGUAAAUUAAUAGAAGAAUAUUACAAGAAUAUGGGAGAAGAAAUAAAAAAUAAAGAGAUAAUAGAUGAAGAAUACAAAAAGAUAUUUGGAAAACUUGUUUUUACAUUAGUUAAUAAGAAAAAUGAAGAAAAAGUAUCAAAAGACAUUAUUUGUCAGGCAAUGGAUAAAAUAGUAGGGAAAAAGAUUAAUGGAAGACCAGUUCAAAGUAUAGAGAUGAAAGGAGCAGAAAAAGAAUUGAGUGUUGAAGAAUUUAUUGGAUAUUUAAAAGAUGAAGAAGAAGAAGAAAGGAUUCCAAUGAGUAGUGAAAGAGAGAGUGAGGAGAUUUUAAAAGAGCAAGAAGGAAAAGAAAAAAAAGAAGAGAAAGAAGAAGAAGAAGAAAAAUAUGAGCCAAGUAGAUGUACAGUAUGUUAUUUAAGAUGUAUCUUUGGAUGUAUUGAGAAUUACUGUGGGUAUUAA